GGGUAUGAUAUUCCACACGCUCUAGAGAGGAGACUGAGUUAAACUUGCAAUAGUUAAUGGCUUCCACGGACAAGUCAUCGGAACCAACUCCGGCGAAGGGUCCGGAACCAACUCCGGGAAAGGCGAUGGGAAUGGGACAGCACAUAAUCGACAAGGGUGCAAUGAUGAUACAGUCACUGGAACCCAUAAAGCAGAUUAGUCACCACGCGUGUUCCUUCGCCAUCUAUAGCCACGACAUGUCUCGCCAGAUAGAAACUCACCACUACUGCUCCAGACUCCACCAAAAUUUCAUGCAAUGCGCCGUCUACGAUUCCGAUGAAUCCGAUGCUCGUCUUCUUGGUGUGGAGUAUAUUGUUUCUGAUGAUAUCUUUGAAACUAUGCCACCGGAGGAACAGAAACUUUGGCAUUCUCAUGCUUAUGAGGUCAAAUCGGGUCUCUGGGUGAACCCCAGAGUUCCAGAGCUUAUUGGGAAACCGGAGCUCGAAAACCUAGCCAAAACUUACGGCAAAUUCUGGUGUACGUGGCAGGCUGACAGAGGGGACAGGCUUCCUAUGGGUGCACCUGCGCUGAUGAUGUCUCCACAAGCAGUAAGUCCUGGUUUGGUGAGGGGAGAGUUGGUGCAUGAGAGGGAUGCCAAGUACAGUAUUUCCUCAAAGAGCCUGAAAAGCUCAAGGGUGGAGAUUCCUGAACCAGAGAUGAUCAAUCCCUUGGCUGACUACUGGAAGCAGCAUGGCAAAGGAUUUGCCAUUGACAUCGACGAGACUCAGAUCAAGUUAAGGGCACCUUUUCCUUGAUUCACUCAAUAUCCCAACUCUUUCUCUCAUUUUCUUAGCUAAUAAAUGGAUUGUAUCUAAAGCUUAAUGACAUAAGCUGUUUUUAAGGAUAAAUUAUAAUUUAUUAUAACCAUUUCACUGUUC